UAGGGGUGUUGUAUUUUAGUAUUGUGUUGUUUUUGUGUACUGGGGCUUUGUUAUUUUAUUGGAACAUGAACAAUGAAUAAUCUAAGGAACCAAGUGAACAGUAUAUUUUCAGCUUGCCAGGAAGCAUCAGCAUGCCAUCAAAUAAACAGCAUAAAAUUAAGAAAGUUAUAUCAACAGACAGAUUUGGAAGAGUUCUGGGAAGCAAUUGUGCCUAUUAUUGGCCAUAUCCAAGAGGUGGAAUUCAAAACGAAAAAUCCAUACAUAGACCGCAUGAUCGAAUUCAUAGGAACAUUUUGUGCUGCAUUAUCAAAAACAAGAACUCAAAAUAAUACUGAUGUUGAAAGUCUCGAUGAAAGUUUUAUCGAUGAUCCUUUAAUUGCUAAACUAAUUGAUUAUUUGUUGUUGGGUAGUGAUUGUGAUUCAGAAACAAUAAGAUUACGGGCCUGCCAGUUGAUUAACAAAAUUUUUGACAAUUCUAUUGAAGCUGAUAUAAGUGAUGAACGAUACGAAGCCAUUAAAGAUGCUUUAUUAGAAAGACUUAGGGAUUCAAAAGGCGACAUAAGAAUCCAGGCCAUCCUGGCCCUCUAUCGUCUACAAAAUCUAGAAGAUCCUGAAGAUCCCGUGAUAGCAGAAUUCAUUUAUUUGCUGCACGACUACCUGGCAAAAGUUCGAAAGGUGGUAGUAGAAAAAAUAGCUAUACGCCGGGACGUUGUCAAUUUUAUUAUAAAAAGAACACGGGAUGUUGACAUCAAUGUAAGACUGGCAGCAUUUAAAAGAAUUUCAAAAUUGGUUAGAGCCUUGAAGAUAGAUGAGCGAGUAACAGUUUUAAUGGGAGGAAAGUACGAUUCUUGUGAAAAAAAUAGAAAUUACGUUUGCACAGAGCUAUUGUCGUCUUGGUGGGAAAUAUACAACUAUGAUAUAUUACUAUUAAUGAAAUCGCUCAGAUUGGACGCAGAUGAAAAAGAUAUCCAGCAAACUUCAUCAGUAUUCGAAUAUGUUUUAAAUCAAUUUUAUUUCAAAAAUAGAACAGUGACUGAAAUUCUUGAAGUGCUAGAAUUGAAUAACGAAAAAUUGCUACCUUUUGAGAAACUCAAUUGGGAAACAAUAACAUAUUGGAAACUAUUGAUUAUGAAAUUGAUUUCGGACAAAGAUUUAGAAUGUUAUGUAGAAAAAGUCGUUCCAGAAGUUGUAUUUUUGUGUCGAUAUAUCAAAGAAUUUUCAGAGCUUGAUAACCCGACAGACAUUUAUUUGGAAACACAGUACAUCCUCAAACAAUUAUUCCUCAUGAUCAAAGUGUUGGAUUUAUCAGAUCCUCAUACCAUUAACAACGUGCACGCUUUAGUGGAAUAUGUAUUGAAAAAUGGGGAUUUGAUUGACGACACUAUGGAAGCGAUUAUAGGAGUUUUGGUUAAGACUUUGCCCGAUCCUGAUACUAGAUGCCGUUUUGGGAUGGAGAUUAUUUCAGAUAUAUUGUAUCCCGUAGAUUAUGAAGAGGAAUUGCAAAACCAAAAUGAUCUUACAUUCAAGAUGACCAAAUUAAAAACAAAAAGCAUCCAGUUGUCACAUGAACAAGACGAAGCAGUGAAGGCUCAAGAUUUUUUACUUGCUGAAAGGUUAAAAGGUGAAAUUGAAAGUGUGCUGCUGCAACUGAAGAAUCUCAAAAACACUAUUUCAAAUCCUACAAUCAUCAAACAGAAGAAAGUCGAAGACCUGCCUACUGUUUGCAAGUGUUUGGAUAUUGCCUGGGCUAUUUUACGAUGUGUGACUAAAUUGACACCUACCCUAAAAUCAAUUCAACAUGAUUUUCUACCAGAUCUAUUGUCGAGCAAAGACGAUUUUGUACGACUGAAAGCUUUACGGUGCUACGCAAUAUGCUGCAUUUACGAUAAAAAAACUGCUGGACAGGGUAUACAUAUUUACGCUGCAUAUAUAUCAGGCUAUCAAGUAGGUCUUGAGUGCGACACUCAAACACUCAUAUGCUGCAUUUCGGCUAUUUCCGACUUGAUAAGACUUUACGAUGGCGAUUUCAUGGCAGCACCGAUCGACAAUGAACUAUCUGAAAGUGUAGAUGAAGAACACGAAAAAGUGUUUGCCGGCGGUACUGCUCUGACAUCACUAAUACAGGGUUUGGUAGAUUUAACGGAAGACGAGGAGUUCGAUGUACGAUUGAAAGCCUGGGAAGGGUUGUGCAAAAUAAUUUUAGAUGAUAGGAUACAAUCGCCCGCUUUGAUUGCUAGGCUCAUAUUACAAUGGUGCAUUCCAGCUGAUACAGAUGAUUCCGAAAGUCAAACGAUAAAACAGUUUAUCGGUUUUGUUCUCGUUAAAUUACCACUCUUACGAGAAUAUUCAGAACAACUCGAGGGCGGCAUAUUGCUGACAAUAGAUAAGUUUGCGAAAGCUCCCAGCACUAGUCCAUUGGCCAAGGUGAAUAUUGACAAUGUAGUCAAGUUUAUGUUGGCGUUGUGCAAAUUAUCAUCCAAGGGAGAUACAAUGAGGAGCAACAUCAUCUUGGCACUGUGCACGAAAAUUAAUGAAAAUCCGACCAGUGAAAUGACCAGCCUGUACUCAAAGAUAUUGUUAAUUGUGGAUCUGCCAGAAGACCAAAAUUUGAUGGAGCAAAUAUUUGUACUGAUUGAUGAAGUUCGAGAGGAUAUUGAUGAAAAAAUUCCUAACAAAAAUAUAACCAAACUAUUAAGUAAAGUAAGUGAAAGAUUAAACCAGCCGUUGGAGCAACAAGCUACGUCUAAUAUUGAUGCAAUAGUUGAGGAAGGCGUAGAAGAAGAGGAAGAAGCUGAAGAAGUGGAAAUAGACUGAAGAGAAAAUUUUGGUCCACAAAGAAAACUUCAAAGUUUCAUAAAUAAUAGUCAUUUUAUAAUAGAUAGUUUUAUGGGUGUCCAAACUUUAUUAUUACUAGAUGACUAUUUUUGCAAAAGCGAAGGGCAAUAUUUUUGAUUAUAUCUUUA